AAUGAUGGGAGACCAACCCCUGUACAAGUCAAAUCAUGCUGUGAACAACACAGAAAACCUGUACUAUCCACAACAGCCACAAUCCAGCACUCUGACCAACAUGAGUGGAAAUCUGAAUCAUAGUUAUGGAUCGACAGGCAUGGACACAUCUCAGACUUCUCCGCCUUCCCCUCAUUUUCCUCCACAUUCAAGGGAAGCUGCAGUAGCAGGAACUAUGCCGGUUGUUACCAAAAGCCUUAUGAUAGAGCCAUCUAGGCCAAACAAUUGGCCUCAUUCCAAUGCUGGCAAUCAUGUUCAAAUGCAGAAUGAUCUUAACAAUCCCUCUAUGAUGUGGACCUCCACUGCUCAGACUGAUGCUCCAGAUGGAUAUUCUUAUGUAUAUUCUUCAGCAAAUGACAAUUCCUCACAGAAAUUGACUAGUGAUGUCUUGCACAAGUUGGACUCCUUCACACAGGUUUUUACAAAUCAGAACCUCCGAUUGCAACAGGCAAAUAAUGUAGCAUCAAGCCAGCCAAGCCAGACUGCCAUGGUUGAGAAUGUACGUGACAGCACACUUCGGCAACUGCUGUCCCAGAAACCUCCAGCUGAACAACAAGCUACUGUACUUCCAAUGCAGAGAUUCCAACAUUCCUUAACACAACAAAUGCAUUGUGCGUUUCCAGUUACGCAAUCGAAGCAACAGUUGCAAGCCAUCCAGCAGCAGCAGCAACAACAACAACAGAUGUAUUUUGAGUACCAACAAUUGGCUCAGCUGCCACAACAGCAGUCGGUGUUGCAGCACUCGCAGUCGCACGUUCAGCAGCUGCAGGCUCAACAGGUGUUGUCUCAGCACAUUCAGCAACUACCGCAGCAACAAUAUUUUGUACGUCAACAGCAGUCGCAGCAACACACUUCAGCACAGCAGCAGCAGCAGCAAUGCCACAUGCAUUCAGUUCAGUUCUAUCAGUCGCAGCCGAUUUUGUGUCAGUUGCAGCAACCGAUGCAGCAGCAAAUGCAGCCGCCACCACCUUACCACCGAGACCAAAACCACAAGGCCAUGCAGCAGCCACAUCAGUACUCCCAAGAACAAUCCCACCCUUCUCAGCACAUUCAGAUGGCUGCACCCUCUCAGUAUUUCUACCAAGAACCGCCACACUAUAGGCAUUUGUACCAGCAAAGUCAAUUGCAUCAGCAACAAGAAGAAGCUAUGCAACAGAAACAAUUUAAUGCAGAAAGUCGGAUUCAGGCUUCUCUUGCCCACCAUAAAAGCACUCCUGCUUCAGAGAUUGCAGAAGAAGUGUCAAGGAAGGAACUAAGUAAUAUGAGUCAUCCUGGGGGACUUAUGGUUCCCCAAAGACAUCUUAUAACACCAUCUAAUAUCCCUCAUGCACCUGUCAAGGUAUCUCAACAACAAUCUCAUAAUUAUACUUGGUCUCAGAUUUCUCUGACUGACAUCAAACCAGGGGAACCAACAGUUGAACUCAGUGGCCAAAGUAGGCUUCCAUUCCAGGAAAGGGCAGAUAUCAAGAACAGGCUGACGUGUACAAUGUGCCACAAAGAAUUCAAGAGCCUACCUGCCCUUAAUGGCCACAUGAGGUCUCACGGUGGUCAAAGGACAUCUCCCAAACAGGACCCCUCUGUAACUGAGGCUGAAAGCCUUUGGUUGUCUGUACAGGAUGAAGGAGAGAAGCAGCCUAAAGAGGUGGAUCACCUCAUGCCCAUCAUCAUGCCUGUCUCUGUGCCUGUAAAGCUUCAGCCUGCUGAGCCCAGCAAGCAGGCCACCACUGCCAAGGACAAGCCUGCCAACUCUGUGUCAGAUGACGAAAUGCCAGUCCUCACGAAGAUGACUGAUUCUCCACCACACGCUCCCAAAGUGGCCCAACCCUGCUCGUCCUCUGAAACCGUCCGAAAGUGUCAACCCAGCGGUUCACAGACAGAAGAUAGCUACAGAUCUCAGCAGGACAAAAAGAAGUAUCGACAUAGGCCAGAACCUCUCUACAUCCCUCCACCUUCUGUCAACCUCUCUGCUUCAUAUCCAGGUGCUACCCUGUACCAAAGUCAGCUCCGCUCACCUCGAAUCAUGGGAGAUCACCUGCUGGACAGGACACAUGAGCUCCCACCCUACACACCACCCCCGAUGUUAAGUCCAGUGAGACAGGGCUCAGGCCUUUUCAGCAAUGUCAUUUCAUCUUCAUAUGGUGGCACUUAUCCUGCACUGCCGAUUACCCCUUUAACGCCACGCGUCCUGCUUGGCCGAGCUAAUAGUAUUGAUGCAAUGACAAUAACUCCUGGACCUGGGGAACAGACUGUUGACAUUGAACCGCGAAUCAAUAUGGGAUUGCGGUUUCAAGCGGCGAUCCCAGCAUUGCAAGAUAGGUCGUUGGUUGAAAAGGAUGUCUCCAAAGCUGACUUGGUGUGGAAGCCUUGGUGUGAAAUGGAUGACCCAGAAGUACAACAAAAAGUGGAGGAUCUGCUGAACAUGGCUUGCUCUAGUGUCCUACCAGGUGGUGGGACAAAUCGAGAACUUGCCCUACAUUGUCUUUUUGAGGCAGAUGGUAACAUUUUGGUGGCUGUGGAGAUUUUACUGAUGAGGAUGCCUAUUAAAGCCAAAUCGCAUCCGCUGGCAGAUUAUCACUAUGCUGGCUCUGACAAGUGGACAACGACAGAGAGGAAACUAUUCAACAAAGCUCUGAGUGUACAUAAUAAGGACUUCUUCCUGGUUCAGAAAAUGGUAAAGUCCAAGACAGUGGCUCAAUGUGUUGAAUAUUACUACACUUGGAAAAAGGUCUUGCGAUUAGGUCGAAAGCACAGGACCCGCCUUGCAGAAAUGGAGGCAGAGAAAAUGUUUAGUGAUGAAGAUGAAGAUUUGGAGGAUGAGGAGGAAGAAGACAGAAAAUCAGAUCAAGAUGAUAAUACGGAAAUACAGAAGUCCCCCUUGCCACUACAAAUGAUUACUGUGGAGCAACCAGUUGUUCAGGGACCUACAUUCAUGUGUGAAAUGCCUAAUUGUGGUGCAAUAUUCAGCUCCAGACAGGCUUUAAACGGCCAUGCACGUAUUCAUGGUGGUUCAAACCAGAUCCCAAAGCUGACUUCUGCGGCUAAACUUAAAGUGGGAGGAAUUCAGCCUGGUUACACCUCUCUGAAGAACUCUCCUGCACACAGUACAACCAGUGGUGAAACAGAUGCUGCUACAAUUUUCCCUUGCAAGGAAUGUGGAAAGAUGUUCUACAAGAUUAAAAGUAGAAAUGCUCACAUGAAAACACACAGACAGCAGGAGGAACAGCAGAGACUGAAGGCACAGAAAGCUCUUGAAGUUGGUGAAAUAGCGACAAUAGCCAGGCCUGCUACUCCAGUAACACAUGUGUUACUUCAUCCAGAUCACAUGAGUAUGGUAAAGCGACAAAUCGAAGUGGAGGAUAAUGACCUCAUUCAGGGUUUAGAAGAUGUGAUGGAGGAAUCAGAUGUCAUGGAUACAGACCUACUUUUAGAUGAGGAAGAUGGAGAAUUUCUCCAGGGUGACGAUUUGUAAAUCUGUUUAUAUAUUUUAUUUUAUAUAAAGAGUAACCCAAUUACAAUUAAUUAAACAAACUUGCUACUUUUUCUAAGUCAUCAGGAAGUCCUAAAACUAGUUCAAAUGCAGUGUGCAUAAAACAUCCCAGGCGAGUUGCACAUAGAGAAAACUGCUCUUGACCUGCCUUUUUGUCAUUUAUACCGUUACACAGGCCACAAAGACCUAUGGACUUUUAUUUUUCCCUCUCAGCUGCUUGUUAAAAGUUAUUUCAAAGCAUCGAAACCAAACGGAUUUUUUGCUAAAGUGAAAAGAUUUGUGUCUUGAGUAAAAGUUUCGGAAAUUAAAUUGUCUACUUUCCUAUAAAAUGAAACAAAGCUGUAAAUAAGGUUCAAAAUUAUAUAUAUUUUAAAGGAAAUUGUCAAAUCUGAUUUGUUUACGGAUUUAUUUAACUGCUGUUCCUUGGUGUUAUCUAGCAGGUAGGGUGUAAAUACUUUAUAUCCCAAAACUCUAUUAUGAAAGCAAAAUAUUUUUGGAAGUACAAGUGUCAAAAUGCCUCAGAAAGAAGAUCUUUCACUGGGACUCUCUCCUGUUAUUACAAUGUUGUACAGAUUUAUUAAAGCUUUAUUUUAUUAAUUUUGGGGUACCGAUAGUGGCCAGAUUGCAUGCCUUUUACUCCAUAAUGUAAUUUAUUUUUUUUAAUUGCACUGUUAAGUGUUUUUUUCUAAGGAGUGUAUGGAGCCCUUUCCAUACAUUAUCAUCUUUCUGCUAUAACUGAAUGCAGUGUCUUUGUCACGUUAUAAAUGAAGCACUAUGUAUAGACCAGUGAAUGACUUCACUUUGUGAAAUGCUUUUGUUGUAUAUGCAAAAAAAAACUUCAGGAAGAUUUCUGUGCCAUCUUCUUGGGAAGACCAUGUAAUUUUAAAAAAAAAAGGCAUCUUUAAAAUAAGCAGUAUUUUCCUGGGAAUUUAAUAUUCGCGCUCUCAACACAAGUUGUGCUUGAAUAUGUACCUAUGUUUUUUUAAGAAAAUGUGAUGGGAUUGACUGAUUUUUUUUGUUCCCUAUUAAACUAAUCUAAAAAAG